CCUAUUCUGCUGUUGUAUUUGAAUCAGUACAGGUAACUGCCGCAAACAGGUAAUUUCCCGUUCGAUUUCUCUCCUUAUGUCCCAGCAUACAUAUUUCUGGGUUUUCUUUAGCAAGCUUGAAUCUUAUCUGUAAUGGCUUCCUAUUGGUAAAUGGAAGUAGAAAUGCAAAAAAUGUCAAGAGUAACAUUCCAAUGUCUGUUAUUGAUGCAGAAAAUGGUGAAAAUCCCUCCAAAUAAAGCACUUUUUUUGUUAAGGUCUUCAAUUAUUCAUGAUUUGGAACAUACCCACCAUUCUAUUUAUUUGAUUUUGCAUUUCCUUAUUAGUUAUAAUUUCUUACCUCAAGCUCAGUUAUUUACUCUUCAACUACUUUCUGGUAGAUUAAAAUCAUCUUCACCAUUAAAUUCUUCAUCUCUUGUUCAAAUUUUCACCAACAUUUACCCAAUUUCACACCCACUAUGUGUUCAUCUCCAAGAAAUGAUUUUGAAUGCUUAUAAUCAAGCCAAAUUGCCUAAAGAGGCUUUAAAUUCUUUCAUUUUGAUGAUAAAUCAGGGUUUGGUACCCAAUUCGAAUUUGUUUAAUUCAUUAUUGAUUCUUCUUUUAGAAAACAAUAAUCUUGAAAAAGCUUGGUGGGUUUUUAAUGAAUUUAGUAUUAAAGUUCAAUUGGAUGUUUAUAGUUUUGGGAUAAUGAUUAAGGGAUUUUGUCAAGGGAAUGAUUUGAAAAGGGCUUUUGAUGUUUUGGAUAGAUUAGAAGAUGUGGGUUUGUCUCCAAAUGUUGUUAUCUAUACUACAUUGAUUGAUGGGUGUUGUAAAAAUGGUGAUAUUACUAAAGCAAAGGACUUGUUCUUUAAGAUGGAGGAACUAGGAUUGGUUCCCAAUCAGCUUACUUUCACAGUGUUGAUGAAUGGAUUAUUCAAGAAGGGGUUUAAGAAAGAAGGGUUCCAAUUAUAUGAGAAGAUGAAGGCUUGUGGGAUCUUACCUAAUACUUAUACCUAUAAUUGUAUGAUACAUGAGCAUUGUAAAGAUGGAUUGCUCGGUAGAGCGUUCGUGCUGUUUGAUGAUAUGUGUGAAAGAGGUUUAGCUUCUAAUAUUGUGACUUACAACAUAUUGAUUAGUGGGUUGUGCAAGGAGAACCCUUGGGAAGCUGAGAAAUUGUUGACACAAAUGAGAAGUAAAGGCUUAACGCCGGAUUUGAUCACCUAUAACACACUAAUCAAAGGGUUUUGUGAUAUUGGGAAUUUGAGUAAAGCUAUGAGCUUAUUUGUUCAAAUGAAAUUGGAUGGACAAAUACCAUCUUUGGUGACAUAUAAUACUCUUAUUUCGGGUUUCUCUAAGGCUGGGAAUUCCAACAAGGCCGCUAAAUUAGUCGGGGAGAUGGAAGAGCGAGGUUUAAUCCCGUCUAAAGUGACUUACACAACUCUAAUUGAUGCGUUUGUUCGAUCUGAUAAUAUGGAAAAAGCAUUAGAGAUUUAUUAUUCGAUGGAAAAGGCCGGAGUAGUUGAUGUUUAUACUAUUGGUGCUUUGAUAAACGGAUGGUGUUGCAAGGGUAGGAUGUUAGAAGCGUUAAAGCUGUUCAAAUCAAUGGAGACAAAGCAUGUACACCCGAGUGAUGUGAUUUAUAAUGUGAUGAUUAAUGGUUAUUGCAAUGAGGGGAGUUCUUACAGGGCGUUGAGGUUUCUGAAAGACAUGAGGGGCCAUGGGAUGGUUCCGAAUGUUGCUAGCUACUGUUCAACUAUAUAUGUUCUCUGUAAAGAUAGAAAGUUGAAAGAAGCUGAAUUACUGGUUGAGGAGAUGGUUAGCUUUGGUAUGAAACCUUCAAAGGCAGUUUACAAUGUGCUAUCUCAAGCGAAAGAAGAUGCUAGCUGACUUUUUUUUUUGUGCCUCGGCAGGUGCCAAUUAGUGGCAUUGUGGUGAUGAAAUGCUGUUUCACAAGAAGGAAAUUAACAAUCUCGUGAUUCAACUGGCUGUUGUCGGGAAGUUAUGAAGUGUGGUAAUGAAAUGUUGUUUCACAAGAAGGAAAUUAGUGGCAUUGUGCACCAUAAUGAAAAAUGUGGUAAUGAUCGCAAUUGCGGUAACGGAAUAGUGAUGCGGUAAUGGAAGUGAUGCGAUCAUCGUAUCGCCAAAAUAUCAGUCAAAGCUAUAAGAUAUCUCGAUACGGCUCCAAACACGAUUUUUUUACACCUUUACAACACGGGAAGAAUCGAUUCAUUUAUUUUGAAAACCUACUAUCUGAACAACAGAUAACCGGCUUGGUUCUGUGUGCAUACUGAGAGGUGCUACUCCAAGAGACUUGUUCUCAAAUUAGCUUGUCGUACGAACAAAAAAUUGCGGAGAAUGGAGAGGACACCCUGUAGUCAUUGAAGCAGCGCAGAAAAUAGGACAUGGUGAAUUCAUUUGUUGCGGGCACAUCCUCAACGGAAUGGUGAACGGACUGCUCAAUGUUUAAACAUAAGAUAAAGGAUAUCAUCUCAAUUGAGAAAAAAGCUUCCAAGUGCUUGAAAUUACGAAGCAAGAACGGAGCACCCUGCAAUGGAUCACUUGUUGGAGCGCCCUAGAUGCUAGUUUGACCAUGUUGUUCUAAAAAUGACAGAAAGUUCGCAACAUGAAUAAUGCAGUGUUUCGUAAUGAUGCGCUCUUUCAUCUAAAUCGUCAUCAGUUAUAUUGGAUGAAAUUAAGGGAUGAAAGCAUGUAUUUACACUUCAAAUGAGUGAGAUGUAUGUGUAUUAUUUUACUAAUCAUUCUUAUUAUUUUUCUCUAUAAUUUGAUCAAAGUUUUUGUUUUGUCUUUUGAUUUUCUAAUCUUCUCAAGACACAUAAUCAUUAAGAUUACUCACUUCAUACCAAGUGUAUUAUGUGAUUGAUUAUAUCAUAACUUAAGUACUUUUGUGAGGGAAAUAUCACAAAAAAAAAAGUUACCAAUGGCCUUCGGUCAGUUAUCCAAAUUUCCGAGCAAUUUAACACGCAAACCAAUCUUCAAUUUUGUGCAAUUGGUGUUCAUCAUGCAAGC